GUGGAUGCAGGGAACGAGGCAAAGGACAACGCUUUGACUGUCCCUUACGUUGAGAACACUGGUGAGAGAUGUCAGUGGUGCGAAAACGCCUGGGCGUGGCAACGGAGGUGCUUUAGGGCUCCAAGAGAUCAAGCGACUGUGGAUGUUCGUGGAGGGCGAAAGGGGCGGAAGACAGUUUCUGCAAUCUCUAUCAUGCGGAACUCGAAGGGCGUCUGCGGUCUAACCCGUGGCGUGGAUGGUCCGCAUAGGAAGAGAAUGUAUGUGACUUGGACAUCUGACUGCCCGGUGCUGUGUGCCCGUCCAGAACGCUGAAGCCACUGGACACGGAGAGGCCGCGAAGGAAGCGCGGCCCUCCCCAGGAUGGUGCACGAGUUGGGACUUCACAGAAAGAUACAAAUCGUUGAGUGUCGCGUUCUGGACGUCGCAGACGAAUGCGCACAGGUGCGAGUUGUGGACGAAAAUGCCGGCAGCUUUCAGUUCCACGGGACAAGGUUGCGUGCGUGAUUUGUCACUCAGUCUGGAGACACCGCUUUCGAUGUGUUGCGUGUCGGUGUGACCGCUGUGUUUUCGAACGUUAAGGACAGCUUCCGUGUGUGACGCAACUCAGAGGGGCUGUUUUUAACAUCUGGCGAAACGGUUGUGGGAGCCAGACUUCUCCGAUCCGCCCAUUUCGGAGAAAAUUAUCAUGAGACAGAUUGGCUUGCCUAGGGGCGAGUGGAAGUGGUUCCGCUGGCAGUUGUUCGGGCAAACCCAUGCUGUGCGUGUCUGGAUUGUCGGGCCGUCGUGUCUACCCGUCCCGGCGUUAGCGCGGAGACGGAGGAUUUUCCCAUGUCACGAAGAUGAAUUUGACGAUGAACAUUUCUGUUUUGCAACGGAAUUUUCUGACGCCGUGACUCCUCCUGUUUUCCAGUGGAGCCUCUUGUGAUUCCGCGUGUCCGUCUCCACGGGGGGAGGGGGGCCAUGUGCGGGCCUGCCAUGUGAACAUAGACGAACGGGAAAUUUUAUUUCUUUUGAUUUUAUGCCCACGUACCUGAUCUCCCCUCAUAUGUUUUCGGUGGUGUCCGUGUCGUGCUGGAACUUUCUGUGCAUGUUUGCACGAACAAUUCCGACUCUGAAGACCGCGCUAGCAAACGCUGAUGCGGCCUAGUCGCACGGCUUGCUGGUGGGUCGCUGGUCUGCCGUAACGGGAAACCAAUUUUUUAGGACUUGCAUCGGUCCAUUUCACUUCGAUGCUCGGUCUAGAAAAAGACCGAAGGUUUUUAUCUCCGUUUCCUAUCGGAGUCGUUUGUCUCUCGCUCUGUCUCCAGCAACAACAAGCGUACGUGGCACAAAGCGGCACGAGACGCUGUUGUUGAAUGCUGGAUGCUCGCAGUUCGGAAAGCGGCAGCCUGGGUGAUCUGGACAGCACACUCGAGAGUUAUCUUUCAUGUGGAAUGGAAGCGCUCACGUAGUGUGCCUAACUCGUCAACGUGUUGCGCACUUCGGUCGCCUCGUUUUUGCUCCAGAGAGGAUCUGAUAAGCGAUCGACUUUUUUUGCAACAGCGCCCGCGCUGCGGGUACCAACCUUAGGCCAUACGGUGUGAUUUGCUGUACUGUUAGCGUGCCGCCUACGAUGGAGUGCCUCCCUCCAGUUCGUGCCGAACUAAUAUCUGUGAACGAAAGCCAAAGGUGGUCUGGAGGCUCUGCUGAUCCUCGAAACUCGACAGAGAGCCAAGAGAUCUUCUCCACAGAAGAUGCGAAAAGCAUCUCUGAUGCCUCACUCUGGACUGAUAUCCUGAGUGUAUCAAUUCCCGAGGACUUGUGUAAAUCGUCAUCUGUUCCAGAGGAGGAAAUGGACUCGGAAGGCAGAGUAACGGGUAAUAGUCCGAAGCAGAGGCUGCUGACGGGAUCGAGUGGCUUGACUGCAGCAGUGACCAAGCCGGCUCCCGGGUCACCGUCUGAAAUGAUCGUGGGUGAUGAAACCAUUCAAACAGCGGACUGCGAACCUGGCCAUGACACAAGUCACGCGGCAUCCAGAAUGGAGGCGAAAGCCGGUUGUCGUCCACGUGAGCGGGCACUGCAGAGCACUGCGUGUUUAUCGAAUGCCAUGUCUGGGGUGUCACGGAACCGUGAGGCCAAAUUGUCUGGAGUUGUGAGAACGGGGAAAGGUGUUGGAGGGAGUGGGAGGGGCAGACUGUCAUUAGGAGCGGUGGGGCGCCAACUGCUUCUCGACAGGAUCCGAACAAGGUACCACACGAAUGCGGUAUACUAUAGUGCGUUAUUACGGGACAAGUACAACAGCACGAUCUCGAAACUUCCAUUUUUUACCGUCAGCCUUCUGCAUCAACUGGCGGACGAUUUCGAAAUCGACACAAGCGCGCUUCUUAACCAGAAUGUGGAAAAUGCUGGUGCUCCGGGAGGAUACGUCAGAUCAGCCUGCAAAAGUCGGGGAGUGGAUCGGACGAGAAGAACCUCAGUACCGGUUGCUGCAAGUGCAGCGAUUCGAGAAACGGAGUCCUCAGACCAGGAACGUGCCGCAAGGCGAAAGACAACAAGAGUGAAGCGCAAGAGUGGGAGGAAUCUGCAACAGACGAAAGGUACCUGUCUCGCUGGAUUGAGAGGUUGCAGUGUCGCGGAGAUGGAUCAGGGGCUGGAGCGUUUCGCUGGCAUGAGUGGAAGUACGGGAAACGCGACAUCGGGUUUAUGUACGCCUACUGCUCGAAACAGAAGUACAGAAGAUGCAUUCGAGGCCACUGCAUCAGGCGUCGAGAUGCUAGGGAGAAAGGUGUUCAACAGCUCGCGAGACACGGAUUCCAUCUCUGCGUGGCUUCUCUCAACGACUUCUACAAGUAAAGAGUCCCAAACAGCGUCUUCAGAGGAGGGCGGUGAGCUCUGCAGGUCAGCCGUGUGCACUCCGGGCACGGGCUCGACAGAAAGUGUGCCGAGCAGCCCUCUGCGAUCAAACUCGGGAGCUAAUUGCGCAAGUACUGCGGAUAUUGGUUUGGGUAAGAGUAGUGAGGCGGAGAUUGAUUGUGGCGAGAAGCAACCUGAAGAGAGAAGGGCGUUCUCGCGCAUAUGUUUGGAGCAGAACUCGAGCGUUAAUGCAAAUCGCGCGUCGUGGCCAGCCUUGAUUGAGGACGUAGAGAGUGUAUGCAAGGGAGUUGUGUCAAGCGUCUCGGGUACGGCCACAAACAGGAAGGGCGCUGGCACGUCUGCUGUGUUUCCGUCGAAUGGGCAGUGCCUGAAAAGGUCCUGUCGACCGGAUAUUGAAGCAAUAGAAGCAUUGCUUGACACGGCACGACGAGGAGAGCCAAGCGUCAGCUUGGAGAGUUUCAAGUCCCGUUUGCUUCGUGCGGGCUUGUCCCUCCCUGGCUCGGAGCACGCCUCGAAAAAGAGCAAGAUUCUUCAGGCGACUGCAUCUGAAAGUACCACAAUCCCGUCCUCGCCAACGACAUCUACAACCGCCGCCGUUGAACUCCUAACGGCUGCAGAGCUAUGGUCGACAACGCAUGCAAGGGCUCGUUUAAUGGAGCGCAAAGGAAUCAUCAACAAGGAGUUGAGCGCUGCGGCGGGGUUUGGUGGUGGAGCUUCAACAACAAGGGGGAUCUCAAGAGCGGGCAUAGUCUCGGGCUUGGCAUAUGGCAAAGGCAACUGUUGGACGGGAGAGGACGACGGGGACGACGACACGCCUUCGGAUGAACGAUGCAGAAUGCUGGCUGCGCUGUCUAGACACGGGGGCGAUCCAGAACUGCAAAGUGUCCGUUUCCCCUCGUUGGCGUCGGCAUUCCCCGCUGCAGCAGCCACAGGUUUGAGGGACAGUGACGUGAAUGAGCACGUCAGACGUACUAUUGGACACUCUGGAUCUAAUGCCGGUGGAUGCGUAGGCGUCACCAGUUUCCGAGUGCGACCUCGGCGAACGACAUAUAGCCAGUUCAGCACAAAUCACGCGCUUUGUUGGCAGGCCAUCGAUCCACGCAUGCGAGACGCAUCAGACGUUUUGGCAGUCACUGUUGGCGACAUUGCAAGCUUUCUCCGAACGCAACGAAUGCGGCGGUGCGGCGGACGUAGCGCCGUACUGGGUGGGACGUCAAGCGGCCGGUUACAGGGGAAGAGACGGCACGGGAAGUUUGAAGAUUUCUCGUCGAUGUUGCAGAGUCAGAGAGACUUGAUGCCUUUGCGGGAACGCGGAAAUGAAGUGACAGAGGAUUUAGGAAACCAGGAUGUUUCUGGAAAGGUCUUUCUGUACCAGCCGCCUUUCGAACGAUAUCAGCAGAACAACCGUAGCGCGGCGGUGCUGAAGGACGUGCCCGGCGACCGCGUUGAAUCGGCGAACGGACGUGCGGGUCGGGAGACCAAAUGCUUCGAAAAGAAACUGGAUUUGGCUGACUCACGAGACGAUGCCAAGAGUACCCGUCCCUGGCGGUCAAACGGACCGUCAUGGCAGGCCGUCAGCGUAGGGAUUCGAGCGUUUCUUGAUGCAGAGUUGCUUUCCAGGAAGGACUGCGAUAGCGUUGGCGUAUUACUUGCCGAUACCCGUGUGCGGACGCGAUGUAGUGGGGAUAGAGCAGGGCGGUCAGAACCCAGCAGGCAGCUGGCGGGGAUCGUGGAGCCACUUUCUCGGGCAGACAGAAAAGGCGUUGUGGCAGAGAACUCGGAUUUGAAGAAUGUUAGCCCUUGUUCAGAGACCACGUGGGUAUCCCAGCGAGUACGCGGUGGACAUGCGCAUGUGGAAGGAGGCAGUAUGGUGCCGCAACGCGUUGAACCUGUUGCAGAAUGUGGACGCGAACGUGACAGUAGUGUGUAUCAGAGUGGAGGUAGUGAAGGCGGCGCUACUGUCACUGUGUACCCCGGAGAAGAUGGAAACGUUUCUUCACCAGGAGAUCGUUUGUGGGCGCCGGCUGUUGAAGCGACCUGCGGGGAGCACAUCCCAGACAACGCAGAUGUUAAGAGCAUCGUGGACGGAUCAACAGACAGGGCGGAAUGCUCCAGCAGUGUCGUGUUCAUGAAACUAGAUCAUGAUUCGAAUGACGAAACGAGUGCUGGAUCUCCAGUGCCCGAGAGUGCCGCUGGCAACAACGAUGAUGGUGUAGGUGCGCUAAUAAGGGAAAGUCCGACGGAGGCAAGCGGCGACGGCGAGAUGCAGAAGGCCGGUGAAGACGACGGGAAUUCGAAUGGCGUUUGCGUCAAAGAUGUGGACAUUGCUUCUUGAGGCAACUGUGGUGGGAUUGUUAAGGAAAUGAAAUGGGUAGGAGUUCAGCAGGAAACGUGGGACGUCUAGGAUUAUGGGAGAACAAAGGCGUGCACAAUCUAGCGAGUUGAACGUGUAUGCUGAGGUUACAGGGAUGAACGGCACACCUGUUCGUCAGGUCCCAGUUUUGCCGGGGUAAUGGCGCGUUGUAGUGGUCGUACACAGAGCGUCUGUUCAGGUGUUAUUGUUGCGUAUUGAGAUAGGAACAGCCUGGAGUGCAUGGUAAAGCCGAAGCUGCCCAACGGGUUUUGUUCAUGGGGAAUUUUCCGGUUUACUGGAUGCGUGGCGGACGGAUGUUCAUUGUCAGUGCUCGGAGACGUCUGUGACGUCGAACGGCGCGCUGCAGAGAGCCUUGGUGACAUGCAACGUAAGAGAUGUGAUGGUGUUUUCUGUGAGCGAGACAUCGUAGGUACGUCUCGUGUGACGACGCCUACAAAAAGCCGGAUGAUGUCAGCGAAUGCGGGCGUUUGGCGCUAAUUGAAUGUGGUGUAUAAGGAGAUGAAUGCGUUUUUCCGUCCGGCGUGAGCCAGCGUCAUUUCAUGUGACGCUGUAGGGUGGGAAGGCGACACUUCAUCGUUCAUCCAUGGCCGACAGAACACGGUCGGACGGGUGUAUAAACCGUGACGGUACUGUGGCUAGUUGCAGUUUCGCGUGUGUUUCGCAAUGGGUGAGUACUAUUUUGUCUCUUUUAGGUUAUGUGGUACAGCGUUUGUCUUCCGUGUGUAAACGUGCUGCAGGUAGUUCUUUGUGUGUGAAUCCGGAAAAGUGGCUCCGCUGUAUAUGUGGCAAGCCGUACGGGUUUGAGUGUAAAGUGUGAGGUGGCUCUGGUGAAUGUCGGGUUGCUGGCAUUGCGGUAAUGUAGCGGGAUAAACGGUUUAGGCGUGGGAAGAGAACGAAUCUGAAAUGAAGCCGUUGCCUAACGCAAGCAGACAUGCAGACGGUGUCCGCGUAAUGCAAAGAAGCUAGUUCAUCAUGUCCGCUUUCGCUUGGUUUCGCCGUUUCUGUGCACAGGCCAAGGCUAUCAUUAACAGCCAUAUUCUCUUUUUGCAUUUGCCUCGUGACGCCUAAAGCCGUUAAUGACCGUGUGAGUGGUGCGCACGUACCUCGUAACCGUCAAUAUCGGCGCCGAAAUUUUGACAGCCUUUUUUUCACACAUUCGUUUUCACCCGUUUCCGUAAGCGAGACACUCGUCAAUCCUGAUUUUCCUUGUUCCUUGAAUAUGGUUUACGAGUAAUUGGAACGAAAACAGACGUUCCAACGCGCCAGAAUGCGACUGAGGAUCGGUGCUGUUACGCACGGCGUCCUUCCUCCGUGCCCGAAAUGAAGGCGUUGGGGUUCCCCGAAGAGGACCGACCUCUGUAUUUUUGCUCUCAGGAUGCUUUCAAUCAACCGCGGUGGAUGGAGAAAGAAUAGUGUUUUGCCCAGUGCCUUAGCGUAGAGUUUUCCAGACUUUUGACUGUUCCUCCAGUACACCGGUGAAUAAGACUCGCAGCCCGUCGUUCCAUCGGCACGCACCACACAGUGGCACUGUUGUACUGUAUGUGGUCAACGUGUCGUGUGAACGGUUUCCGUCAGCAUUGUCAAGAAGAAAGAGUAAGGGGCAGCUGAGGUUCUACGCAAGAGAAAUGAGCGGUCAACUUAGGCUACCCCAAGCACAUGGGGACAGUAGGAUGUUGCGUCUGUCACCAAGGCCAUACGACGACAGAGUUCGUUGCCCGCGUAUCGCACGGAACAAAUCCAGGCAUUUAAGCGAGGUUGCUGUGGCACUGUUGCAGCAGAGUAGACUGUGAGGAAUUAAACCUUAAAACGAAGAAACGUGAGCACGAAAGGGAGUAAAAGGUCCGUAGGCGACAUUGUCCGGCGGCAAAAGGACUCAAUCGGACUGUACGGAAGCCGCGUGGGGUUCAAUGCUUUGGU